UUGGUCUUGGAAGAGUGAGCAGCUUCAUCACUGAGAAAUUAAGAGCAGAACAUUUGCCGCAAUGUCCAUGCGAAGGUUCAGGAGUAACCCUAAAACACUGGGGGAUGUUAAUAUGGUGACAGAGGAGCUGAAGAAUCUUUAUUAUAAGAGGCUGCUGCCUAUAGAGAAGUACUACUCCUUCCAUCACUUUCAUUCUCCCAGCUAUGAGGACGCAGACUUCGACAACAAACCAAUGGUGUUGGUGAUGGGCCAGUACUCAACGGGAAAGACAACUUUCAUCAGGUAUCUGGUCGAACAAGAUUUCCCUGGUAGCAGAGUCGGACCAGAGCCAACCACCGACUGCUUCACUGCCCUCAUGUAUGGAAAGACGGAAGGAAUCAUCCCUGGCAAUGCCCUCACAGUGGAUCCAAAAAAGCCCUUUCGCAACCUCGACCCUUUUGGAAAUGCUUUUCUCAACAGGUUUCAGUGUGCUCAGAUGCCUAAUAAGAUCCUCGAGAGUAUCAGCAUUAUCGACACACCGGGCAUCUUAACAGCUGCUAAAAGAAAGCUGAGUCGAGGCUACGACUUCCCAGCAGUGCUGCGCUGGUUCGCAGAGCGUGUGGACCGGAUCAUCCUGCUGUUCGACGCACAUAAACUGGAGUUCUCUGAUGAGCUCACUCGUGCCUUUGGGGCUCUGCUGGGCUAUGAGGACAAGUUACGUGUGGUUCUCAACAAGGCUGACAGGGUGGACUCACAGCAGCUGAUGAGAGUGUACGGCGCCCUCAUGUGGUCGCUGGGGAAAGUGUUUCGAACCCCAGAGAUCUUGAGGGUUUACAUCGGCUCUUUCUGGUCGGAGCCGAGGCAGACGUGUGACCACUAUCAGCUGAUCGAGCUGGAGGAGGAGGAUCUGCUGACCGACAUCAGGAACCUGCCGCGCAACGCUGCAGUACGCAGACUAAACGACCUGGUGAAGAGGGCACGCUUACUCAGGGCUCAUGCCCACAUCAUCAGCUACCUGAAGCAAGAGAUGCCAACUAUAUUUUGCAAAGAAAGCAAGAAGCACAACUUGAUUUACCAGCUUCCUGUGAUCUACACUAAGAUCCAGCAACAGCAGCGAGUCCCAGCUGGAGACUUCCCUGACUGCACAAAGAUGCAGGAGAAGCUUUUGGGUCAAGAUUUCUCAAAGUUCAAGACACUCAAACCAAGUCUCAUGGCCUCCUUGGAUAAACUUCUGUCCACUGACAUAGCAAAACUGGUGCCUUUACUGCAGCAACAGGAACUGAGAAAGAAAUCUCUCCACGGUGUGUUGGAUGGGGAAUUUUUGGGAACCUUUAGGCGUGACCAUUUCAGGAGAGACCCUUUUAAGGAACUCAGAGAUGACGAGAGCAGUGAGGCAGACUUUGACGAGUGGGCCGUAGAGAAAUUCAAGCCAAAGUAUGACGAGAUUUUCUACAACCUCAGUCCAAAUGAGGGCAAACUGAGCGGCACCAAAGUCAAAGAGUGGAUGACGGGCACGCUGCUGCCCAACUCCGUGCUGGCUCACAUCUGGAGGCUGUCAGAUGUGGACGGGGACGGCAUGCUGGACAAUGAGGAGUUUGCUCUGGCAGUCCACCUUAUCGAGGGAAAACUGGAGGGUCAUUGGCUCCCCAGGGAGCUGCCGUCUCACCUGGUGCCCCCAUCAAAAAGGAUGAGUACAGCCAGUGAUGAAGAGUGAACAUAGUAGUGGGAGGAAGCUGAGACCUUUGAUAUUUUUCAUGAGUUUACCUGGUAUAACUUAAACUGGAGGUGGCAGUUUGUUGUUUAAAAAAAGUGUACAGUGACUGUUUAUGCACCUUAGACGGUGUUAUCCAUUCCUUUUGUAUUCAUGAUGAUACUAAAUUCCUUAAAAUUAACAACUAAAUAUCAAUGGGAGUAAGGAAAAAUACAGACACAUUUAAUGUAGGAUGUAUAUUAUACUGUAUGAGUUGCAUUAAUCAUGUAUUUACUACAAACGGCAUUAACCUUUAAACUUAAAAUAGGCCUUAACAUCAUCAUCACCAUUGUUCUCUUGGUGUUAGACUGAGGUCAGGUUGGUACUCACGCAGGUGGCAGAAGC